GCCAGGCAGGAGUGAGCAGGGCUCGGUGGCAGCCUUGCCUGGCUCCCCUGCCGUCCUGCAGCCCCCCGGCCAGCAUGGUGGUCCUGAAUCCAAUGACCCUGGGAAUUUAUCUUCAGCUUUUCCUGCGCUCCAUCGUGUCUCAACCAGCGUUCAUUAGCAGCGUCCUCCCCAUCUCAGCAGCCCUUCCCGGCCUGGAUCAGAAGAAGCGAGGCAGCCACAGGACAUGCUGCCUGCUGACGCCGCCUCCGCCCCCGCUCUUCCCGCCGCCCUUCUUCCGAGGAGGCGGAAGAUCGCUUCUCUCCCCAGAUGUGAAGAAUCUCCUCCUGGAACUUGAGACCUCGCAGUCCCCCUGUAUGCAAGGCCCACCCGGCUCCCCUGGACCGCCUGGCCUGCAGGGUCCACCUGGGAUUCCUGGCAAGACAGGACCAAAGGGAGAAAAGGGGGAGCUUGGCCGACCAGGAAGGAAGGGUAGACCUGGCCCUCCAGGUGCUCCUGGCAUGCCUGGGCCCAUUGGCAGGCCAGGCCCAGAAGGACCCAGGGGUGAAAAAGGUGACCUGGGGCUGAUGGGCUUGCCAGGCUCCAGAGGCCCCAUGGGCUCCAAGGGCUACCCUGGAUCCAGAGGGGAGAAGGGAUCCAGAGGUGAAAGAGGUGACCUGGGUCCCAAAGGAGAAAAGGGCUUCCCAGGAUUUCCAGGAAUGUUGGGACAGAAGGGUGAAAUGGGCCCAAAGGGGGAGCCUGGAAUAGCAGGACACCGAGGACCCACUGGGAGACCUGGGAAACGAGGCAAGCAGGGACAAAAAGGAGACAGUGGACUUACGGGCCCAUCUGGCAAGCCUGGACCGCCUGGUCAGCCUGGCAGCCCGGGGCCUCGUGGGCCGCCGGGCACCCCAUCUGCAGGGCAACUCGUCAUGGGACCCAAGGGGGAAAGAGGCUUUCCCGGGCCUCCGGGAAGAUGCCUUUGUGGCCCCCCACUGAGUGUGAACAACCCUUCUUAUGGGGACUCCGUGUACGGGUCCAGCUCCCCCCGAGUUCCUGUGAUUUUUGUGGUCAACAACCAGGAAGAGCUCGAGAGGUUGAGCACCCACAACGCCAUUGCCUUCCGCCGAGACCAGAGGUCGCUGUACUUCAAGGACAGCCUUGGCUGGCUGCCUAUCCAGCUGACGCCCUUCUACCCUGUGGACUACACUGCAGAGCAUCGUGGCACCUGUGGGGAUGGGGUUCUGCAGGCCGGGGAGGAGUGUGACGACGGUAACACCGACGUGGGGGACGAUUGCAUCUACUGUCACCGGGCCUACUGUGGAGAUGGUCACCGGCAUGAGGGCGUGGAGGCCUGCGACGGCUCAGACUUUGGCCAGCUGACGUGUGAGACCUAUCUCCCCGGAUCGUAUGGAGACCUGCGCUGCACGCAGUACUGCUACAUUGACUCCACUCCCUGCCGCUACUUCACGUGAGGGUGGGAGGACGGGUGGGCCCCCACGGUGCCAGCUGCAGCUCCUCUGCCCUCCUGCAGCUGGCCUUCCGCUGUCCUGGUCUGGCUUCCACCAACCUUUGUGUGACAGAAACAAGAACGAAUUCUUGCUGCUAAGAUGUGCUUGUAACUCAGUCUGACUGGAAGACUUUAGGACCACUGCAUCCUGUCUUAACCCAAACUUCCAGAACACCUUCCGCAUGCCCACCCUGGGGACUUGCCCACUGCCACCAUACGGCUGAAAGGCCGGGCUCCCAGAUGCCCCUACUCAUCUGGAAUGCCAUGGCUCAGGCCGUGCAUUGGCUUCGCACUGUUAGACACUCUUAUAGACCCUGUGGGGCUGCUGUGGUUGGUCCUGACCUGUUCUGGGGGUGUCUGGUGUUCAGGCCUCCCCACCCCUUGGACCUCUGUACCUGUGGGCAUUCCCAAAAAGGGCAGCUGGCUGCAAGUCUCUCAAGGCACGUGAGCCACAAGGCAGGGAGGCUGGGCACGUUCUCUGGGUGUGGUUCACACUGCCCGCCUGUCAAGGACCCCUCCACUGUCCACAGCCCAGUCCAGCCUAAGGGGCCCGCAGGAAGAGACCCAACUGUGAAUAGUACUGAGGCGGCCACCCAGCCAGAGGGUGAAGGCACGCUAGGUUACUGGUCAUGUGAAAAUGACCACACAGUGGCCUUUCUCUGCUUGAUGUUACCCGAAGGUUGUGGUUUGCAAACACCUGGCAGCAUCUGGACCUCACGGCUCCCACUGCACCUUGAUUCCUGAUGUGUAAAUGCCCAUCGUGUCUACUUCCGUUCAAGAGACUCAGUGGGCAGGUGCUCGUGUUUCCAUUGAGGGCUCCCUCGUCUACCCCCAACACAGACAGAGAAUGUUCCUGUGCAGGUGCCCCCGUCCCUGCGGACUCUAGGGACGUGCCCCCUUGGCACCGCUGUGCCUGCGUUCCAUGUAGCUGGCCUCCCAUGUGUGCAGCAGAGCCCUCCCUGUGCUGGAAGAUGGCCAAGUUGCGUGUGUACCUGAGCUGUACUACCAGCACAGCAGACUUUUAGCCACUAGACCCAGAAACAGCCGUGGACGUGGGCACGAAGCUAUUCAGUGAUCCUGCAUGUUGGGGACUCUGUGCACAGGAGUGGCCAUCUCCUGGGGGGAGGAAGGGGUCUCAAGAUCACGCUGCUGUGACACAAGCCCAUGCAGUCUGCAGAGCAGGGCUUGUCAGGCAGCCCGGCCCCCUCUGCCUACGCUGCAUGCCCUGGGAGGUUGGCCUCCGUGCUGCUGCCACCAUCAUGCUGGGGCUUCUGGAAGGGAAAUCAAGAA